CAUUAUAUCAAAAUGUGGAUAUCAAAACAUUCUGUACAGUGUAUUUCAUUUGUUAAUAUGUAAAAGGACCAUAGACUGAAACUCCUCCGCAAAUCGAAACUUGAUAUUUCUCGUCACGGUCGUAAAUUGUUUUAUAUUUUGAACUGCGCAUUUCAUACAAAAAAGUUAAACACCCAAACAAAGACUGGGUGUACAUUUAUUUUUGCUUCCCGACUUUCUGCAUGUAAACACAUUUAAAAUCUGUGAGAGUAUAUGAAGGAGGAAUAUUUUGUGGGGACAAACCUUUUCAGAUUAAACUAAACCAGACACAAAAGUUUCAUCUUCAUAUCCAGAAUUUGCAAAAGGAUUUUAGUGUUUAUGCUUGCGGUAGUUUAUUGUACCAAGUACAAAAUGGCAAUUAGAUUACCUUUCUCAAACAAAAAAGCGCCUGCAGCAUUUCCAACUAAAGAACUGUCUGCAUCUUUCUCCAGAGCUAACAAGAGAUUCAUGCUAAGUCUACUGAAGCAGUUACCAUCAGAAUCCAAUAUCUUCUAUUCGCCGUUCAGCAUUUCAACAGCCCUAGCAAUGGCUCAUCUGGGAGCAAGAAUAGAAACCCUAAAAGAAAUGACUCAAGCCCUUCAUUUUGAGGAAAUGGACAAAGAUGUCCAUGCAGCAUUUGGCUCUUAUCUGGAUUUCUUGACAAAGGAAACCGGUGAUUGCACUCUUAAAACUGCCAAUAGAAUCUAUCAAAGCAUGAGGUUCAAACCUGAGAAAUCUUUCCUAAAAGACUGCAACAAACAUUUUAAAGCUACAUUAGAGAGCGUGGAUUUCUCUCAGUCUGAAGCAGCAAGCAAAAGCAUUAAGACCAAUUCUCUAAUUGCUCUUAACUCCUGGGUCAGUAAGCAAACUGAAAAUAAAAUCCAAGAUCUGAUUCCAGCAAGUGCGCUGGAUGAACUUACAUUCAUGGUUCUAGUAAAUGCCAUCUACUUCAAAGGAAACUGGGAAAUAAAAUUUGAAAACAGAAGCACCAGAAAAAUGCAAUUCCGAAGCAGAAGAAAGGAGGUUUUUUUAACAGAUAUGAUGUAUCAAGAGGACUAUUUCAGAUUUUGUCACAUACCAGACCUAAUGAUUAGUGCCCUUGAGUUGCCAUACCAGGGAAAAACCCUCAGCAUGCUGAUCAUUCUACCCGACGCCGUGGAUGGUUUAGAGCAUCUGGAGAAAAGUUUAUCUGAAGAUGUCUUCAAAACAGUAAAUGGUAACUUGAGAAAUGUGGAAGUUAAAGUAUAUCUUCCAAAAUUCAAAAUGGAGUCGACCUUCGAGUUAAAGCCUUAUUUGUCAGCCUUGGGUAUGCCCUCAGCAUUUGACAUGGAAAAGGCUGAUUUUACAGGAAUGAAUAAAGAGGAGAAAAUGUGCAUAAACAAUGUCUUCCAUAAAGCCUUUGUCGAAGUCAACGAAGAAGGGACCGAAGCUGCUGCAGCCACAGGGUCCGUUGUAACAGUCAGGUGUGCGAAACAUACACCAAUGUUUCGGGCAAAUCAUCCCUUCCUGUUCUUUAUCAGAGAUUCUGUACAUGACAUCAUAUUAUUUGCUGGAAGAUUUUAUAAACCAACAACAGUAUAUGAACUUACAACAAACAAUUAAACAUUAUGUAUUCAUUUGCAUUGUACUGCGAGGCAUGGUACUGUUAUUAAAAUAUUUUCACAUAUUAAGAUAUGAAUAGAUAAAAUUUGAGUUUGGUGAAUUUACUAUUGUUGUUGAGGAAUUAUCGUUUAAAGCUUCUGCAAACUAAAAAAUGUCAUUCUUAAUGUAUGUGGCUCACUCAAACGACUGUUGAGAUUAAUAUUUUUUAACUUUUUCAAUAGAAAUUUGCAUUACUCAAUUUGUUGGGGAACAAAACAAACAUUUUUAUAACUGUACAAAUACUGUAUAUAAUAAAUGUCUACAGACAGCAACAAAAACCCGUCGUCGUCUUUCUAUAAUUUAUAAGUAUGCGUCAAAGAUGCAGUUCUUUAAUAAAUGCAGUGGGGACUAAUAGGGACUGGUUUUGUAUUCACAAAAGCAUAGUCGAUUUUCAUUCGGACAACAUAUGUAGAGAUAUGACCAACCCUUUCAUAAACAUAAAUUAUGUAGUUAAUAUUGUGAAACAGCAUUAGUUUGUUAUGAAAUAUAAAGAGAAAACGAGCAGUACUGUAAUCUCAAAAUAAUAUUUGAUAUUUUGUUUUAAUUUUCAUUGUAUCGAAUGAUAACAUCUUUACUUGUGUGUUUUGUACAACACAAUUCUUAUGAUAUGAAAUAAAUAUGCUAUUACUGUGUAAAAAUUAUAUAAAAGAAAUCCAAUGUGCAGAUACUGAUGUGUAGCGCUACUGUUCUACAAUUUGAGAUCUGAAAUUUUGAAGAUUGGUUCAAUAAAUACCUGUGUGCAAAUGAAAAUACUUAAAUAAAUAGACACUUUAUAAACGCCGUAUUUGGUCUAGAAUAAUGUAAAAAACAUGAAAUAUAAUGUAAUAGUUUUUUUUUAAAUUUACAAAAUAAGAUGUUGUUUUUACGGAACAAUUAAGCAUGAACUGCUAUUCAAUACUUUUAUGAAUAUUGAUGAAGAUGAAGGACAUGCGUAAACUGUAGUUAUACACGCAUGACCGCCUAUAGAUGCCUUGUUAAAUGCCUAAUAUCAAGCGCAGAUACUUCUUAUCCCACGAUCUACAUUCAACAUGCUGGACGAAAAGUAAAAGAGACCCGUGCACAGGAAAGGACAAUAAGAUGCACUUGGAUUGGGAAGAAAAGCCUAGCGGAUUGGAAUAUGCAUGACUAUCACAUCAUAUGUGUGAGUGGAUAUAUGGAUGUGUUUAUGUGUGUGCUAAAAUCCUUUGUAUUUUGCUUUUUUAGACAUUUAAUGUUUUUAUACUGUAGAAGUACUUUUUUCCGCGUGGUAUUAAUUUACGCUAUGUAAGCGGUCACAAAUAAUCCGCGAAAUUUAUCACAGCGUACUUGAUAUAAAUUUAAGGCAUAUAUUGACACACUAGAAAAUCCGCGUGAUUUUCUACCCGAGGAUUAAACAGAAAUUGUGAUUCCGCGGAAUUAUGACCCCGUGGAAAAAAGUACGUCUACGUUAUAUAUUUAAAUAAUGGAUAAUGUAAAUAAAAAU